UCGACCACAUUGCAUAUGGCCGCCCUCACGCCGCACAUGUGUCCAGUCACAACAUUGCAGAAGAGUUUUCGUUGAACUUGCAAAAAGUUGAGCAAUAAUGGGGAAAGCUCGAAAAGACCGCAAAAGGGGGCCCCGGCACGAUCCUGUUGGCCUGAACGGGAGUGAAUGUGUCGAGGAAGAAUUAAAUGGUUCCAAAGCUUCCGUCAACAAGGGAGAAGCUCUGAUUCAAACUGUCGUUGAUCAGCUCCAGUCCUCCAAUGUCGACGACAAGCUGUGCGGCUUGCACAUGCUCUCUGAGGUGUUCGACGGCCGCACCCUCGAGGAGGUCGUGCGGAACCGCGUCGUCCGCAUGGCCGCCCCGUUACUUGUUGAUCCUAAUUCAACGGUCCGAAACUCUACAGCUGGUGCCAUCAGAAACCUGACGACGAAUGGUGGUCCAGACUUUUGUGACAUUCUCAUUGAGCAGGACGUAAUGACACCUCUCUGUAGUCUGAUUCAAAAGUUUGGAAAUGAGUGGCAGCCAAAAGUCGAGGGGACAUCGAGUGGCGAUGAAGAGGCAGACACAUUCAUCCAAGCUGUCAACAUCUUGUGGAACUUAUGUGAAAGUAGUGCCACAGCCUUAAAAUACUUCAAUCAAGCUCACUUACUGCCUCUACUUGUGAGAUGCCUUGAUAUCAAUACCUUUGGAACAGAUGUCGCAAUCACUGUUGCUGAGUGCUUACAGACUGUGACAGAGGAAAACAAAGAAGCUAUAUCUGAAAUGCAGGGUUUGAGUGAACAACUUCAACAGCUUCUCAGCUCUCCAAAUGAAGAAAUUAAUAUGAUUCUUCUCAAAGUUUUAAUAGCAGGGGUUCUUAUUAAUAUUCAUUCAGACGGAAUUGGUGCAAUGGACCCAAGCCGUUUAUCCCUGAUUAUGGCAUCCCUGUCUACGGCACUAGCUUAUGAUCAACGAAGGAUGUUAAAUCAACUCACAAGUGAACUAGAUCUCAAUAUUCAAAAGCUGAACCCUCGAAAUAGGAGAAGGAAGCAAGAAGAUGUGGAGGAAGAGGAUGAGGAAAUGGACAGUGAAAAUGAAAAAGAGUCUGUAGAAGAAUCAAAACCAACAAAGAAGCUAAAAACUCGAGGAAAAAGCACUCACACACAAGAAAGAACUGAGGGCAUACUGCAGCAAGAAAAGGACUCUAUUUCCAAUGCAGCAAGGAUAUUACAAGCCCAACAAAUUGCUCUUGAAAUUCUUGCAAACCUGUGCUCUGGAGAUGAUGAAGAAGGUGAGAUGGAUCUUGAUGAUUCUGAUGUUGAGGAAAUGAGUGACUCUAGCUUUGGGGAGGAAGGAGGCAGCAAAGAAGCUCUGCCUGCUUCAGUUCCAUCAGAUGUCCUGGAGGCUGUCGUGAGUCAACGUUUAAUAACCAAAGUAUGGGACAAGACCCAGCUACCAGCAGAGAAUGUUUGUGAUAUUCUUUGUGAGGAUCCAGACACCCAGAUACUUUUCAACAGGUUGGGACUCCUUCGCAGCAGAGCCUUUCUUUGCCUUCAAAAUUUGCUGGCAGUCAUGGAUCUGGAAGAGUUGGGUGGUAGCAAUGAUUUGUAUAAUAUGUGGCUUGAGACCACCAAGUUGGUGUUUGAGAAAACAAAGGCUGACGAUUUGCAGUUAUUGGAAGCUGCAACAUCUGUAAUGAGGGCUGCUGUUCUGCGUCUUGCUGAAGCAAAAGCAACGCAGUUCUCCACCCUGACUGAAAAUGAUCUGAAGAUGCUUCUGCAGUGUGAAAGUCAAUGUGAACAUGCUAAUGUUAGAGCAAACCUUAUCCGGAUUGUAAGUUCCAUUGGACAAAUGCUAACCCCUUCUCUCUCUCCGCAUCUAACUGUGAUUGGCAAGUUUCUAAUGGAUGCAGCAGUUCGCGAUGCAGAGCUUUGGGUUACUGCAGAGGCGUUGGAUUGCAUAUUUGACGUUUUUGGAGAAGAUGAAACUGAUAAAGCAGCUUUUGAUAUUGAUUUAGUUAACAGACUUCGGGGACUAGCUCCAGCUUUGAAGAAUAAGGUCCGCCUGCAAAAGAAGAAUUUGGGAGACCAUUACCAUCUUGUUAUGACAGCUAGCAAUAACUUAAAUCGGUUCAUUAAGUAUAAAAGUAAUAGAUUGGCCAGUUUCAAAGCUAUUGGUCAUAGCUAAACUUCUUCCGGACAAAAAAAGAAGGAACAAAGCAAUGACAUCAAAUUUUGACAAGAUUAUCGCAAUGGCACAACUUUUGUAAAUACAGUAUGUCCCGCCCAUAACGUUGCGGUCGGCUUGCACGGUUAAACAACGUUAUAAACGGGAAACGUUAUAAACGGUAAAAGGAUGAACGCGAUUGUUGACUCGGGAAUUCAGUUUUGCAACGUUAUAUGCGGGAAACGUUAUACGCGGGUAACGUUAUGAGCGGGACCUACUGUAUUUUGAAUUGUAGGCUGUAUUUAAUUUAAAUAUCCUAUGGCCUCCUCAAUGGAAUAGCAGUUUUGCGUGACCUGUUAAAGUCAUCAAAAAAGGAUUAGCCUCUCUAUCCUUGUUGAAAUUAAAUUAUGAAUUUGAAGUGUAACAGUCUAUGUUACUGUCAUCUUUUAAGAAGCCAAUAAUAGUAUUCAGUAACUUAAAUUAAUGGGAAUACUGUAUGGAACCUUUACCCUGUUAAAGCAUUAGCUCAUGAUCAUUUGAUCUGCUUUAACCACAGAGAGUAUGUGGGGUUUGAAAAUUUUCUGCUAACAUAGAUUACGUUGCUCAAGGGCAUUGUCUUCUUUUAAGUGCAGUAUUGAUCAUUACCUGAUUUUGGGGACCUGUCUCAGAUGGUACUGAAGUCAAGUUAUGGAAUUGUUUUGUUGUGUUUUUUUUUUUCCAUGUUUUCAGUUGUAGUACUCCUACCUAAUGAAUGAAGUUGUCAUAUGUGAAAUAGUAAACCAAUAUAUAUUUCAAUCAUUACCA